AUGGCACAGCGCUGGUCCAUGGCACCACUUCCUGAGCACACAGUACACGAAUUGGAUGUGCCUGCAAUGCGUCAGAAAGUCAAAGAGAUGAUGCUGCAUGCCUGGAGCAACUACCAUCGAUAUGCUUGGGGCUCGAAUGAGCUUUGCCCGUUAACGCGGCGUGGCUGCCGGGGCAGCGUGUUCGGCACCCACAGCUUUGGUGCCACAAUUAUCGAAGCUUUGGACACCCUGCACAUAAUGGGCUUAAAGAAGGAGUAUCAGCAGAGUCGUGAUUGGAUCGAGGCAAACUUUUCUAUGGAAAAUGUUAGCGCUGCGCUUCCUGUCUUCGAGCUAACUUCACGGCUGCUGGGCUCCAUGCUAUCGUUAUACUCAUUAACCGGAGAAAUUUUGUACAGGAACAAGGCGCUGCAGAUUGCUGACAAGAUAAUGCCAGCUUUCGAUACACCCACGGGGAUACCCAAGUCCAUAAUAAACCUCAAGCACGGGCACGCACAAUCAAGUAAUGACAUUUCAAAGUUUGGAGCACUGCACUUGGAGUUUUCGUAUCUCAGCGACAUCACUGGCAACCAAGUCUACAGAGAGCGAGUGCAGCGAAUCCGCAAGAUGCUGGGGACCAUGACAAAGCCGAAUGGAUUGUACCCAAAUAGGAUGAACAUAAGAACGGGCAAAUGGAUAGGCAGUGACUCUUCCAUAAAUAGAUUCCACGACUCUUUGCUAAAGUCGUGGCUGCAGUCGGGAAAUCUGGAUACAGAAUCUGAGCAGAUGUACACUGAUGCCAUUCUGGGCAUUGUGCAGAAUAUGCUGACUGUAAGUCCCCAAGGGGAUACCUACAUAUCGGACUAUGCAAACGGCAGUCAAAACCAUCGAAUGGAUCAAGCAGCAUGUUUCUCCGGCGCGCUUUUUGCCUUUGGAGCAGCCUAUGACCAGAUGAAGCACUGGGAAAAGUACGCAGAUAUCGGCACUAGCAUUACAGAAACGUGUCAUCGAAGCUACGAACAAACACCCACGAAACUGGCUCCGGAAGUGCUUGUCUUUCCAGCUGAUGCAAUCGAGGCAGCAGCUCCACAUCAGAGGAAUCGUUAUAUGCUCUCUGCAGAUGUCCUCGAGAGCUAUUUGGUCAUGUGGCGCCUGACACGUGACAAGAAGUAUCGCAACUUUGGCUGGAAGUUGGUGCAGGCAAUCGAAAAACAUUGCCGCAUGCCACACGGAUACACCGGCAUAAGGAACGUGUACGAGAUGCCACCGGAACCGGUCGAUUCGCAGCCAAGUUUGUUCUUGGCAAAGACACUCAAGUGUUUGUUUCUGUUGUUCUCCGAGGAUGAUGUGAUUUCGUUAUACGAAUGGGUUCUCAACAGCGGCGGACAUCCCUUGCCGAUCCAGCGCGAAUAUGAAUAUUAUCGGGAACUCGUUUGA